AUGUCAGGCUACUACGGCAAUUCUCACUCUUCUCGGGGCAGCGGAUAUGCUGCCGGGAAUUCUAACUCUUCUCAGGGCGGUGGAUAUGCUGCCGGGAAUACUUACUCUUCUCAGGGUGGUCUGCAUGGCGAAGCUGGUGCUGCACUCAGAAGAUCUUCUGCCUACGCACCUAACUAUGGCAGCAGUGGGUAUUCGCAGCAAUCGCAGUAUCAGGGCUAUGGCCAGUCUGGUACUAGCGAAUGGCAAGGAUACGGGGAGGAGGAUGUUGAGCCCAUCAAGGAGGAAAUUAGGGCUAUCAAGUCUGCGUCGGUGUCCUCGACCAGGAGUGCAAUCCGUGCCGCUGCGCAGGCGGAAGAAAACGGUUUGGAAACACUCCGUCGUCUCGAGAGCGAACGGGACCGCGAUGCUAGCAGAAACCUCAGCCAAGGGACCCGGGACCGCAUUCAAAACCCUUGGCGCUUCGAGAGUGGGGGGGGGUUGGGAAGUGAGAGCUUUCGCCGCCGGUAA